UAUGUGUGGGAAUACGAGGAAAAGACCGCGAAAACUGGGUAUAAAAAUCACGUUCUCCGACACACAAGUACCAUCGGAGGACACGCACACGCCAAGAGACACGUCCAGACAUGACUCACGGUAAACAAAACUCAUUUUGGCACAAUUUCUUCAAACUAUCUUGAUAUCCACAUGACUGUUAUCCUCUGUGUAUUUUAGAAGUUAGAGCCGAGAUCCAUUCAGCACCAAGACGUUCUGUGAUCCCAGUGGGCGACAACGGAUCUGUCUAUCCGCAAUCAGAUUUCGAUUAUGAAGCGGCUAUAAGGUGCCUACCGGAUCCGGGUGAUUUGCAGUCCUUUUUUGAGGAUGAAUGGUUGGGUGAAACAGCGGGUCCCACCGUGAAUCUUCAGCCGGCCAGUGAACCUUCUCGAGCCGGUCAGAGGUCGGUCGGAGGUCCGCAGCAUCCUGCAGCUUCAUCUCCGCCGGAGACUUCCCGACCCGGGCCUAGCGUGAAACGUGCCGGCAAUUCAGAGACACAACCCCCGCAGAAAAAGAAGUCCAAGUCCGGGGCGAAGCCUCCGAGAGCCACGGGCACUCGACCAGCUCAAAACCCCAGAAACAGAGCACCUCAGCCGGUCAGACCGCCCGGCAGCACCGGUGUUCAGCCUCUGGCGGUUCCCGAACGUCAGAGCUCAGCCGGAGCUCCACCACGGCGUGAAAACCCGACUACACUGAGGACAGACUCGGAUCCACAACCUGCAGUAUCAGAUCCAGCGGACUCAAUCAUCAUUCCAGACACACCUCCAACCUCACCAACAGAACAGCAACCUCCUUCUGUGCCAGUUCUGCUGGCUGCAGAUCCACAGCCAUCUACAUCCUACAGCCAUGCUGCAACCAACGUACUCUGGGCACCGCAGAAGCCUGUACAACGCCGUGCUCGAAAAGUGACGGCGAAGAACACAACUGCCAAGCGGUUGUUUAAUGAGGUCCAUCAAAACGCAGCAACCCCAGCACCACUGCAUAGGAGUGAGGAGACAAACCCGCUACCAGAAAGUCAGAGGGGGCCAGAACAACAACUGCAUAUAAGUGAGGAGACAAACCUGCCACCUGAAAGUCAGAGCGGGCCGAAACGGUUGAAACCACCCCACGUCACUCUUCAGCUACUGUGUCAAGUAGUACAAACUUUCAUGUCCUCUGUUUUAACCUUGUGUGAGAAAAUGUAAAUUUAAAAAAACUGCAAGGUGUGACAUUUCCCCCUUAAACAUGGAUAAAGAAGUAGAUCCUGAUCUUGAUGAAAUAGCGAUAGCUUUAGGUCAAUUAAAUCCUACCCCUGUCUCCUCUCACAUAGAUGUUAGACAUAAUCUAGAUGAUUCCUCUUUUGCAUUCACAAAAUCAGAAUCACAAAACAGUUACUCUAAUGACCCUCUGAGACCGAUUGAAAUGGCGCUUCAGCAUUUAAACGACCAGACAGAGCCUCAUUCUCCACUCUCACCAGAUUCUCAUCAGAAUUUGGUCGAAAUUCUUUCUCCCCCAGCCUCUCCAGACACACAGCCACAAAACAGUUACUCUAAUGACCCUCUGAGACCGAUUGAAAUGGCGCUUCAGCAUUUAAACGACCAGACAGAGCCUCAUUCUCCACUCUCACCAGAUUCUCAUCAGAAUUUGGUCGAAAUUCUUUCUCCCCCAGCCUCUCCAGACACACAGCCACAAAACAGUUACUCUAAUGACCCUCUGAGACCGAUUGAAAUGGCGCUUCAGCAUUUAAACGACCAGACAGAGCCUCAUUCUCCACUCUCACCAGAUUCUCAUCAGAAUUUGGUCGAAAUUCUUUCUCCCCCAGCCUCUCCAGACACACAGCCAUCAAACAGUUACUCUAAUGACCCUCUGAGACCGAUUGAAAUGGCGCUUCAGCAUUUAAACGACCAGACAGAGCCUCAUUCUCCACUCUCACCAGAUUCUCAUCAGGAUUUGAUUGAGAUUUUUUCACUACCAACCUCUUCUUCAGAAGAGUCACAAAGACCUCCGGCUCAUCAGCGAGGUCACGGUGUAGGGGAUGAUGAGACCAGAUCAACUUCACACGACCGCUUUAACACAGUGGUCAUGCGGCGCGCUUUCACAGUGCCCGAACCCGCUGCCGAACCGAAUCUUGCUCAGUUUUAUUCUGAUGUGAUGGGGAUAAUUCAUGGGUUAUCUCUGGAGGCCGAAUUACAUGCUAGACGAAAUGACAUCAUUCAGCUGGAGGUGGUAGGUGAAAAUGUGCGAGACCACGUCUCUGUUGUUGUUGAUGAUCAAGGUGGAAAUGUUCUUCCUGCUUUUGAAGGUUUGCUUGACCGGUUAGUGCAGUCUAACAACAGCAUUGUCGCAGAUGAGAAUGUGGAAUUUGUUGUUCAGGUUGUACGUAAUCCCAGGGGUGGUGCAAAACGUAAGCUUGCACGAACUCUAGAUUGUGAAAUUGUCACCAAAAAAAAACGCUGCUUGUACAUUGUGCUGAAUCGCAAAGAUCAGCUCUGCUUUGCCAUCAGUCUAGCUCACGUGAUGCAUCCAGAUCACACAGUUAACCAGUGUGUAGAACUGGCCCGUGAGUUGCAGCGUCAAGCCGGUCUGGAUGAGCAGACCCCCGUCACUUUUGGUGAUGUGAGCAGGUUUGAAGAAAUUGUCAAACGUAAAAUUGUGAUUUUUUAUCCGACAUCUCACAGUCAACCCCUCUCACAUUUUGAGACAGACUACCCAGAUCGCUCCAGACCGUUGUUUUUGUUUUUACUGCAAAACCAUUACUACGGUAUAAAGAAUCUCAAAGCUUUUAUAGGUGCAAAAUUUGUCUGCCAUCAUUGCUACAAGGGUUUUGACUGCUCCUAUGUGCACAGUUGCCGAGGUUACUGUCAGGUUUGUAAUGACCCUAUCUGUCCUACAGAAGACCUCCAGCCUUUGCACUGCUCAGACUGUAACAGGAUCUGUCGCUCGAUCUCCUGUUUUGCUAGACACAAAGAGACUAAACCGAGUCAUUUGAACAGACAACCCUCUGCUCUCUGUGACAGGGUAAAAAAAUGUACGCGGUGCAAACUAUGCUACUACGUUAACAUGCACACAGGCAAGGCGACGCAUAGCUGCAGCACCAAAUGCAAAAUUUGUGGAGAAAAAUUACCGGCCGGGUCUGAUGUAAUCCUCGGUAAUCACCAAUGCUACAUUCAACCGCUCUCACAAAUAAAUGAUCAUCCUGAUUUGGUUUUUUAUGAUUUUGAAACAUUUGUGAACGAGAAAGGCGAGCACAUCCCCUUUCUAGUCUGUGCAAAAACAUUGAAAGGUACGGAGAAGGUGUUUUAUGGUCUGCAGUGUGUUAAACAUUUUCUUCUGCAUUUCAGAAGCAACCGCUACCGAAGAAAUGUUUUUAUUGCACAUAAUGCUAGAGGAUUUGACGGCUACCUGAUUUUGAGGGGCAUGCUGAAAGAAGGUGUAGUACCGCAGCAGAUUCUCAUGACUGGAAGUAAACUUCUCAGUUUUGAGGAACCCCACUAUCAACUAAAAUUCAUUGACUCUCUUUCUUUUCUAGCCAUGAGGCUCAGUGCUAUGCCAAAGGCUCUGGGCUUCACCGACCAGAUCAAGGGGUACUUUCCACACCAUUUCAGCUCAGCGGGGCGUCUUGGGUAUGUGGGAGUCUAUCCUUUGCCAGCCGAAUAUGGCACAGAACGCAUGACACUGACCGAGCAGAAAGAGUUUUAUGAGUGGUACGGUCAAGUCAGUCGCGGCACCUUCGAUUUCAGGAAGGAGGCCGUGCGUUACUGUAAAAAUGAUGUUGACAUUCUGUCCAAGGCCUGUGUUCGAUUCAGAGAACAGUUUCUCAGCGAAACGGGGGUGGAUCCGUUUGGUUCGAUCACUAUUGCCUCUGCUUGCAUGAGGGUGUUUCUUACCAAAUUUCUACAGCCCAAUACUCUCGCUAUACCAUGCCCGUACGAGUACAGAGGUCAGUGUAAAAGAUUCUCGGAGCCCUCCAUUCAGUGGUUAGAGUGGGUCAUGCACAAACAGAAAAUCUUUAUCCAGCACGCUCUGAACUUGGGGGAAAAACAGAUUGGUUCUUUUUUUGUGGACGGUUACGCAGAGAUUGAUGGUGUAAAAUGUGUUUGGGAGUUUCACGGUUGCUUUUACCACGGGUGUCCUAGUUGUUUCUCUCCUACAGAGACCUGCACCUUGAGAGGCGUUUCCUUUGGGGAACUGCAUGUGGCUGGUGAGGACAGAGUGCGCAGGUUGGAAUCUCAACAUGGCAUCCGAGUUGUUGUCAUGAGAGAACAUGUGUGGAAUGAGAUGAAAAAAUCCUGUGCAGAGGUGAAAGAGUUUCUCAGUGUUUUUGACCCCCCUGAACCUCUCUCCCCACGCAAAGCCCUUUACGGGGGCAGAACGUGUGCCCUAAAAUUGAGACACACGGCUGAACCUGAAGAACAGAUUCACUAUGUGGACUUUACGUCUCUUUAUCCAUUUGUUAACAGCACCUGUUCUUAUCCGCUAGGUCACCCAACCAUCAUCUACAAAGAUUUUGGGGAUCCUAGAGACUACUAUGGGUUCAUUCGUGCCACCGUCUACCCGCCGCGUGGGCUAUUUUUCCCUGUUUUACCUUACAAAACCUCACAGGGUAAACUCAUCUUCACACUUUGCAGAACCUGUGCAGAAAAUAACCAUCAAGAGGGCCCCUGUCAUCACGACGAUGAGGCCAGAGCAUUGACAGGGGUGUGGGUGAGUGUGGAGUUUCACAAGGCUUUGGAGAUGGGUUACAGAGUCGGUAAAAUAACAGAGGUUUGGCACUUUCCAGACAGUAGUGACAGGGUGUUUGUGGACUACAUACACACAUUUCUGAAAGGAAAGCAGGAAGCUUCGGGUUAUCCUCCAGAGGCUUCAGAUGAAGUCAGCAGGGAGGAAUACAUCAGGGACUAUCAGGUUCAUCAAAACAUCCAAUUAGAUCCUACCAAAAUUGAGAAAAAUCCUGUCAAAAGGCAGGUGGCUAAACUGUGUCUCAACAGCCUCUGGGGAAAAUUUGCACAGAGACAUAAUCUGCUUCAGACCUGCAUCGUCACAGAACCCGAAGAAUUUUUCAACUACCUGUUUUCGGGUAAAUACAAAGUAGAGUACUUUCAGGUCCUUGACAGCGAGAGAGCUUUACUUCAGUGGAAAUACACUGAGCGCUGCAUUCAACCUCCGGGUAGGCAGAGUAAUGUCUUUCUAGCUGCAUUCACCACAGCACACGCACGACUCAAGUUGUACAGCUAUCUGGAAAAGCUGCAAGAGAGGGUUCUCUACACUGACACAGACAGCCUGAUUUAUGUGGUCAAGAAGGGUGAGACCCCUCUAGAGCUGGGAAACUAUCUGGGGGACUUAACAGAUGAGUUGGAGGGUGACAGCAUUCAGGAGUUUGUGGCUGCCGGUCCCAAAAGUUAUGCCUACCAAACAAAAAAUAAAAAAAAAAUGGUCAUGCGUGUCAAAGGUAUAACUCAGACGCGUGAAUGCUGCGAGCGUGUGAACUUUGACAGUGUCAGAGAGCUGGUGGAGGGUUUCCAAACACACAAUUCACAGCAGAGGGUCAUUAACACACCACAGCACAACAUUGUUCGUAAUAAAAGUGGGUUUGUGUUAAAGAACUUGACAUUUCAGAAAAAGUUUCGAGUGGUGUAUGACAAACGACGCCUCCUGGCUGAUGGAACUUCUCUGCCUUUUGGUUAUUAAAACUUGAUUUUUUAAAAAAUGUCACAUCUUGCUGUUACAGAGGAAACUGAUUUUGAACCUCGGUUCAUUUUUCCCUUCUCAAUGCUUUUGGCUGGCCCGUCCGGGUGUGGCAAGACAUAUUUUGUCCGGAAAAUUCUUGAGCAUUGUCAACAUGUGAUGACUAUGGUACCUGAAAACAUUGUCUGGAUAUAUACUUCGUUUCAACCCAUGUACAAUGAAUUGCAAAGGAUGAAUAAAAACAUUAAAUUUGUUGAA